AUGGCAUGUGACAAACCUAUUUAUACACAGGCUAUACAACGACGUGUUUACGAUUAUGAACGAUUCAACAGAACAUGGAGUGAGUACAAGAAAGGGUUUGGCUCAACAGGAACGGGAUACUGGCUGGGAAAUGACCUCAUUCACAAUCUGACUGUUGAAAAAGCAACUUCAUUGUAUGUUUCCAUAACGUUGACUGCUGGAGCAACACUAUAUGAACGAUAUGACCAGUUCUACAUCACAGUCGAGGCUGAUGGUUACAGAAUCCAGCUGACAGGAAACACAACAGGAAGUCUUGGAGACAGUAUGAGAGUCUCGUGGCCUAACUGGAACAUCAAUGGAAUGAAAUUCUCGACAUUUGAUCGAGACAACGACAUGUGGACAGGAGGAGUAUGUGGACAUCGGGAGGGAGGGUGGUGGUUUAACGAAUGUGGACUGACGUUUCUGAAUUCAGACCCUAUCCAGAAUGUACUCUGGGACCCAGUUUUGUCCAGUAAAACACAAGUCCGUGAAACAAUGAUGAUGAUUAAAUGA